AGGAAGAGGAGAAGGUGGUGGAGGAGGUGGCGGCGGCAUAUAUUUUCCAGCACUGUACCUUCCAAAUCCUAUGCAUUUUAUUUUUUGCCCCCCUUCUUCAAAUACGUUUUUUUUGCUGCUGUUUCCUUGAAAGCGAAUUGCUGAUGCAAAUUGAAUGGGGAUUUUACACUUUAAUUAUGCAGCAGGAUUCAUUUCGGGAUUAUGUUGCAUGAUCUGAAUUUUGAAUGAAGGAGGAGACCUUUUAAAAUCUGUCUAUAUAUGAGAAAAGUGUGGGGUUCAAGUCUUGGGUUGACUUUCUUUUUUAAUUAAUAUUUAAAUGUAUAAAGUAUAUAUUUUGUCUUCUUUUAAAUAUAUUAAAAGAGAUUUUAGGGUAAUUAUUUUUUCUUUAAUAUUCUGUAUAUAUUAUAUAUGUGUGUAGAAAAACUGACCAAGAUAUGGUUUUCAGCUGGGAAUUCUGAGAUGGAUUAUAUGUUCACUUCCAUCACUGAAGCACUGACUUUUUAAAAUACUUUUUAGAAACUGUAACACAUUUUAAAGUUUAGCUUUUUUUCAAAUAAUAAUAAAGACAAGAGUCCCAUUAAAAAAACUGAAGCAACCAUGUCUGGAGAAGUGCGCUUGAGACAGCUGGAACAGUUUAUUUUGGAUGGGCCAACUCAGACAAAUGGGCAAUGCUUUAGUAUGGAAACCUUGCUGGAUAUACUCAUCUGUCUUUAUGAUGAAUGUAAUAAUUCACCCCUGCGGAGGGAAAAGAAUAUUCUGGAGUAUUUAGAAUGGGCCAAGCCUUUCACUUCUAAAGUGAAACAGAUGCGAUUGCAUAAAGAAGACUUUGAAAUCUUGAAGGUGAUUGGCCGAGGAGCCUUUGGGGAGGUUGCAGUAGUCAAGUUGAAAAAUACAGAUAAAGUAUUUGCCAUGAAAAUACUAAAUAAAUGGGAGAUGCUGAAAAGGGCUGAGACAGCUUGUUUUCGAGAAGAGAGGGAUGUAUUAGUAAAUGGAGAUAACCAGUGGAUUACAACAUUGCACUAUGCCUUUCAGGAUGAAAACUAUUUAUACCUGGUUAUGGAUUACUACGUUGGUGGUGAUCUACUUACCUUGCUCAGUAAAUUUGAGGACCGGUUACCUGAAGAGAUGGCUCGCUUUUAUUUGGCUGAAAUGGUGAUAGCAAUUGAUUCUGUGCAUCAGCUACAUUAUGUCCACAGGGACAUCAAGCCAGACAACAUCCUAAUGGAUAUGAAUGGACAUAUUCGGUUAGCAGAUUUUGGUUCAUGUCUAAAACUGAUGGAAGAUGGAACGGUUCAGUCUUCAGUGGCAGUUGGAACACCAGACUAUAUUUCUCCAGAAAUCCUGCAGGCCAUGGAAGAUGGGAAAGGAAAGUAUGGUCCUGAAUGUGACUGGUGGUCUCUUGGUGUUUGCAUGUAUGAAAUGCUUUAUGGAGAAACUCCCUUUUAUGCUGAGUCCCUAGUGGAAACCUAUGGAAAGAUAAUGAACCAUAAAGAGAGGUUUCAGUUUCCUGUCCAAGUGGCGGAUAUCUCUGAAAAUGCGAAAGACCUUAUUCGCAGACUCAUCUGCAGCAGAGAACACAGACUUGGACAGAAUGGGAUAGAAGAUUUCAAGAACCACCCAUUCUUUGCAGGGAUUGACUGGGAUAACAUUCGAAAUUGUGAAGCACCUUACAUCCCUGAAGUUAGCAGUCCAACAGAUACAUCAAACUUUGAUGUGGAUGAUGAUUGCUUAAAGAAUUCUGAGACAAUGCCCCCACCAACACAUACUGCAUUUUCAGGCCAUCAUCUCCCAUUUGUAGGAUUCACAUACACAAGUAACUGUGUCCUUUCGGACUGCAGUAGUUUAAGAUUUGCUGCUGGGCAACCUGCUAUGGACCUUGAUGCCAACAUUCAAAGGACACUCGAGGAUACCUUAGCCACAGAAGCAUAUGAGAGGCGAAUAAGACGCCUGGAGCAGGAAAAACUUGAACUUAGUAGAAAACUUCAAGAGUCUACGCAGACAGUCCAGGCCCUGCAUUAUUCAACUGUAGAUGGUCCAUUAACAGCAAGCAAAGAUUUAGAAAUUAAAAGCCUAAAAGAAGAAAUUGAAAAGCUGAAAAAACAGGUGACUGAUUCUGGACAACUUGAACAGCAACUUGAAGAAGCCAGUUCUGCAAGGCGAGAAUUAGAAGAGGCUGCUCGACACAUCAAAACAUUUGAGAAGCAAAUCAAAGCACUAAAACAAGAAAAGGAUGAUCUUAAUAAAGAACUGAUUGAAUCUAGUGAAAGAUUAAAGACCCAAACCAAAGAGCUGAAAGAUGCACACAGUCAACGGAAGCUGGCCAUGCAAGAAUUCUCUGCAAUGAAUGAACGGCUUACUGACUUGCAUUCACAGAAACAGAAACUAACCCGUCAAGUCAGAGAUAAAGAAGAGGAAAUGGAAGUGGUGAUGCAAAAGGUGGAAAGCUUGAGGCAAGAGCUACGCAGAACAGAGAGAAUGAAAAAGGAACUGGAAGUUCAUGCAGAAGCUGCAGCUGCUGAAGCAUCCAAGGACAGGAAAUUGCGUGAACGAAGUGAGCAGUACUCUAAACAGCUAGAAAUUGAGCUAGAAGGACUAAAGCAGAAGCAAAUUGGCCGCUCUCCAGGGGUGAGCAGCACAGAACACCAACAAGAGAUCACCAAAUUAAAAGCUGAUCUGGAAAAGAAGACUGUUUUUUAUGAAGAGGAGCUAUCCAAACGAGAAGUGAUACAUUGUAAUGAAAUAAAAAACCUGAAGAAAGAACUGCGUGAUGGAGAGAGCCAACAACUUUCUCUUAAAAAAGAGAUCCUGAUCUUGAAAGACAAGUUAGAAAAGACAAGGAGAGAAAGCCAAAGUGAAAGAGAGGAAUUUGAAACGGAGUUCAAACAGAAAUAUGAACGGGAGAAGAUCCUGCUGACAGAGGAGAACAAAAAGCUUUCCAGUGAGCUUGAUAAGCUUACAGCUAUGUAUGAAAGACUUAGUAUGAAUAACAGGCAGUUAGAAGAAGAGAUGAGAGAUCUUGCUGACAAAAAAGAAUCUGUAGCACACUGGGAGGCCCAGAUUACUGAGAUCAUCCAAUGGGUGAGUGAUGAAAAGGAUGCUCGAGGCUAUCUGCAAGCUUUAGCCUCCAAAAUGACUGAAGAACUAGAGGCCCUGAGGAACUCCAGUUUAGGUGCAAGAGCAACAGAUAUGCCCUGGAAGAUGCGCCGUUUUGCAAAACUAGAUAUGUCUGCGAGGCUGGAACUACAGUCAGCCUUGGAUGCAGAAAUACGAGCCAAACAAACAAUUCAGGAGGAAAUGAAUAAAGUUAAAGCUUGUAAUAUUGCAACAGAAUGUAAGCUACAGGAAUCUGACAAGAAGAACUCUGAGCUGUUGGCAGAAAUAGAGAGACUGAAAAAAGAGACAGAAGAACUGAGAUCAGAAAAGGGCGUAAAGCACCAAGACUCACAGAAUUCUUUCUUGGCAUUUUUGAAUGCUCCUACCUCUGCUCUGGAUCAAUUUGAAGAUUCCCUUUCUUCUUCUUCAUCCUCAUUGAUUGAUUUUAUGGAUGAUCGCUCUCCUUCCUGUAUUCCAGCUCACAAAGGCAGACGUAUUGAUUCUGUUGAAAAUUUUACCUUAUCUAAUACGCCUUCACGGGAUGAAGAUAUCAAGUGUCACCUUCAUUCAAGAUCUAGGUCCCCUUCCACAGCUAGUGACAUUGAACCAAUUGAGGUUUCAGAUCAUCCUUUGCGUCCUGUUCACACACCAACCACAAGGUCACCAUAUAUUGGUUCAGGACUCUCUGUUCCAAAGCCUAAGGCCCAUCAGUUUGUAGUGAAAUCCUUUAAUACCCCUACAAAAUGUAAUCAGUGCACAUCUUUGAUGGUUGGCUUAAUAAGACAGGGAUGUACUUGUGAAGUAUGUGGAUUUUCAUGCCAUGUGACCUGUGCAGAUAAGGCACCAGCAGUAUGUCCUAUCCCUCCUGAACAGACAAAGGGUCCUUUAGGGAUUGACCCUCAGAAAGGCAUAGGAACUGCUUAUGAAGGGCAUGUCCGAGUUCCUAAACCAGCUGGAGUGAAGAAAGGGUGGCAGAGGGCAUUGGCUGUUGUCUGUGACUUCAAGCUCUUCCUUUAUGAUAUUGCAGAAGGAAAAACAUCCCAGCCCAGUGUAGUAGUGAGUCAGGUUCUUGAUAUGAGAGAUGAAGAAUUCUCCGUUUGUUCAGUCUUGGCUUCUGAUGUCAUCCACGCAAAUCGAAAAGAUAUUCCCUGUAUCUUUAGAGUGACAGCUUCCCAGCUAUCAGCAUCCAGUAACAAGUGUUCAAUCCUGAUCCUGGCUGAUAGUGAGAAUGAAAAGAGCAAGUGGGUAGGAGUCCUGAAUGAGUUACACAGGAUUUUAAAGAAGAACAAGCUUAAAGAUCGUUCAGUUUAUGUUCCUAAAGAGGCCUAUGAUAGCACUUUGCCCCUCAUUAAAACAACACAGGCAGCAGCAAUCAUAGAUCACGAAAGAAUAGCUCUGGGAAAUGAAGAAGGAUUAUUUGUUGUACAUGUCACCAAGGAUGAGAUAAUUCGUGUUGGUGACAAUAAAAAAGUUCAUCAGAUUGAGCUCAUUCCGAAUGAACAGCUUAUAGCAGUGAUCUCAGGACGAAACCGUCAUGUACGGCUAUUCCCUAUGACUGCCCUGGAUGGACGAGAGACUGAUUUUUAUAAACUGGCAGAGACGAAGGGCUGUCAGACUAUCGUUUCAGGACAAGUGCGCCAUGGAGCCCUUACUUGCUUGUGUGUGGCAAUGAAAAGACAAGUCCUCUGCUAUGAACUAAAUCACAGCAAGACACGUCACAAAAAAAUUAAAGAGAUCCAAGUGGCUGGGAAUGUCCAGUGGAUGGCAGUCUUUAGUGAGCGACUCUGUGUGGGCUACCAGUCAGGAUUCUUAAAAUACCCUUUGCAUGGAGAAGGAAACCCGCAUAGUUUACUUCACCCAGAUGAUCAUACAUUGUCAUUCAUUGCACAACAGCCAUCGGAUGCCAUCUGUGCAGUUGAGAUCUCAAAUAAAGAAUACUUGCUGUGUUUUAGCAGCGUGGGGGUUUAUGUGGACUGCCAAGGCCGAAGAUCUAGGCAACAGGAACUAAUGUGGCCCGCAACUCCUUCUUCUGCCUGUUAUAAUGCCCCAUACCUCUCAGUAUAUAGUGAGAAUGCAGUUGAUAUAUUUGAUGUGAACUCCAUGGAGUGGAUUCAGACUAUCCCCCUUAAGAAGGUACGCCCCUUAAACACAGAUGGAUCGCUAAACCUCCUUGGAUUAGAAACAGUUCGGUUAAUAUAUUUCAAAAAUAAGAUGGCAGAGGGUGAUGAACUGGUAGUUCCUGAGACUUCAGAUAACAGCCGGAAGCAAAUGGUUCGAAAUAUCAACAAUAAGAGGCGUUACUCAUUCAGAGUGCCUGAGGAGGAGAGAAUGCAACAGAGGAGGGAGAUGCUCCGAGAUCCAGAAAUGAGAAAUAAAUUAAUUUCUAAUCCAACCAACUUUAACCACAUAGCACACAUGGGCCCAGGAGACGGUAUACAGAUUCUCAAAGACCUGCCAAUGCCUAGGUCCCCUUGUCCAUCCCCUCAUCAUCAAUCCUGUCUCAUCUCUUCUCCGAGCAACUUUGAGCACAUCUAUCACAUGACUGUUAAUUCUGCUGAAAAUUUCCUCUCCCAUGAUUCCGUAAACCCUGCAUAUCCCCCACCUCUACGCUCUAUCCCUCGUACACCAGUUAUGAAUCUAAGGAACCUUCGACCUCAGGAAAGUCGGACUAUGUUUAGUGGCUCUGUCAGUAUCCCAUCAAUUACAAAAUCUCGGACUGAACCUGGACGUUCCAUGAGCGCUAGCAGUGGCCUGGCAGCAAGAUCAUCUGCACAAAAUGGCAGUGCUUUGCGGAGGGAAUUCUCAGGAGGUAGUUAUGGAGCAAAGCGUCAGCCAAUGGCAUCCCCUUCAGAUGGCUCCUUGUCCUCUGGUGGUUUGGAUCAGGGUAGUGAUGCACCAGUGAGAGACUAUGAGCGAGAGGACUCUGACUCUCCGAGACAUUCAACAGCAUCUAACAGCUCCAACCUGAGCAGCCCUCCCAGCCCCAUUUCUCCUCACAAGAAUAAGAACCUCUCCCUGGAGAGCUCUGACCACGUGAGUUGGGACACAUGAACUGCUUCAGCAUUCAGAUUUGACACCUCAGCAGCUUAUUGUCCCCAUGACUCUUCGCUUGUUCUCGUUGACAUCAUCCCCAGCUUCCCUCCAGAAUCAGACUAUAGGAGGGGGAGGAAUAAAAGGAAGAGAAUAUAUUUGCCUUCUCUCACACAAGCAGUGUAACUUCACCUCUCCUCCCCCCCCCCCCUCAUUCAAUAGUAGUGGCAAACAAAACAAAGAGGGAAAAGGGAGGGGUUAGUUUACGUGAGAUACUGGUACAUUUGUAUUAGCAUUUAUUUUAUUUCACAGGAUUACAGCUGUUUCCAUUAAUUAUUGUGGGCAUGUUUAACACUACACUACCACUCCAGACCAAACACAGUAGUGUAAACAGACCAAAACAGAAUCUAUAAGAGAAAAAUCAGAUUUUUGCUUUGACACACACAGUAUCUCAUUAUAUUUUCGCAAAAGUAGCACAGCAACACUCCUCAUCUCUGGUGGUGGAGUGAAAUUAGCCCUGCAGAGGGGCACAUGCGUACGCUUUCAGUCAGUCACUCUGUUUGAAUGUCAAUCUGAUUGUUGCCAGCAAAUCCUUAUUAAAAAAAUGAAGCAUAUUUUACUACAAUACAGAAUUUAAAUACACAUAAUUAAGAGUUAAUACAUAUGUAUAUAAUAAAAGAAAAAGCAGCAUUGUGAUGCAGUGGAAGAUGGGGUUCCUGUUUAAAAGAUCCUUUAAUUUAAGUCAUCUUGUGUUGUUCCUUUUUUUCAUACUAAAUAAUCUACAUAUUGGAGGUGUGAUUAGAAUAUACAACAUGGCACUGAGUAAAACCACAUAGCCCUGGAUUAAGAUCCAUCCUCACAACUGUUCUGAGAUUUCUUAUUGUCAUUAGAAGAUAUAAAGCCAUAAUCCUCACUUUUAAAAUAUCUGUCCUCUCGUCUGCCUUCUGUUGGAAGGUAAACUGCUCCAAUCUACAAGCAAAAUCCACAACCCAAAUCUACAAGCAUAAAGUUGGCAUUUUGUCUAUAUGGCAGUUUUUUGCAGAGUCAGCAUACAGCCCCAAUGAUCUAGUGAAUGAUGGUGUUCCUAGUCUGGUAGUUUGCUAGAACAUUUGAUGGCUGAAGACUUCUAUUCUGAAGAUGUUCAUUGCAGUCAUUUUCCUAUUCCCCUAUCUCAACUCAGUGCAUAUUUAAUGUUAUUAAUGCCAUAAAAUACUUGGUGUUUGGAUCCAGCAGAGAAGUGCUUGGCAUGGCAGAACAUUCCUCUGUGAAGAGCAGCCUGAGAAAACUAUUGGAUCAUUGCUUAAAUAAACAGUGGCAAAUACAACAUGGAAAUAGAUAGCAAGAGCAAGGUAACUUCCCAGCAGCACUCUAUCUACUUCAGUGUGGUUUGCAUUUUGGGACUAGGUGAAUGUGAUUUUUCUUUUCCUUGGGAUUCUUACUAUCAUAUGCCAUGACCAAGCUAGGACAGAGAAAGAGUUUGGUGUUUUGCUUUAAGCUUAUAUUAGUGGUUUCAUACAUUUUGAUAUAUUUCAUGGGUCCCACCAAACCAUUUCAAACCCUUCUAGUGCACAACUAAACAAGAAAAGUGUAACUAAUAGGAUGGGAAUUUUCACAAGUUCCCACUACAAAUUAUAUCAUUGCUAUUCAUGCAGGGUGCAGAUUAACUACCAUGAGAUACAGAUAAUUGUCUUUGACCAUCUAGCUGUGUUGAGUCUGCUAGUAGUUGGUUCUGCGUCUUAUCUGCAGUGGUGGAUUGUCACAUCCAAAGCUACCACUUAGCUCUUUUAUACUGGGGGAAAUGGUUGGGGGGAAAGGGAUGCAGAACUUUUCUUUUUAAGUAUGACGUCCUAAUUCUGUCAAUUUUGGCUUGUCGGAGUCUUAAGAAUUUAUUUUAUGUAUUUUGUUGUCAUAAAGGAUAUUUUGUAUCUCAACUACCAGUCAACUACCCUAAGUUAGUUGCCAGCUCAGCGGACUUUUCAGAAACUGGCAGGACAUAGAGACACAUUUACAAUUACUGCUUCUGUACCAUCCAGUACAAAAGUGUUCUUACCCCAGUAACCUCCCCUCUUCCUCCCUAUGACACCUCUUAAAUCUACACACCACUACACACAAUUGUUAAGACAAGCCUGAUGCUUUCCUCCUGUCAUUUUUGUUUAAACACUAGAGAGGCUUUAAACUCUAUACAGUUGGCCUGCGUGAUUAUCCAUCUCAAAGUUAUUGUCUUGGAUGCCUCCCAAAGUUCCUUGACAAUUGAUCCAUUCUCCUGGAAGGAAAAGAACAAUAACACCUGAAUUUCUAGCUGUAACAGAGGUGAUUGGAAGGAAAUACCCUCCUGACAAUUAUAUUUUAUAUCAUGUUGGGCCAUUUUACAUGCUGAAUGUACUACCUUUUGUAUAGAUGACAGCACUUUGGGAUAGACUUGGGUACAUGCAGUCACUUACUUGUUAUGAACACUUGUUUCCAAUUAAACCCAAUGUGGAUGCUUUAAUAUCUGUAGAAUGGCUUGCUGGUGAAGUUGGGAUUUGCUGCUAUGUAUUGUUCCGUUUCCAUUCAUAUGUUGAUAGCAAUUGUCCAAGCACUUUUAUAAUCUUUCAAUGAAUCCUGAUUAAUUUGAUUGUCUCCUUGUAUACCCAGUAUCAGGCUAUGCUGUGCCUAAUGGAAUAAAUUGGGGGGGGGGGGGGGGGCUGGUUCAGGCACCGUAUUCUUGAGGCCCAUUAAAUCAGAUUUCAGUCCCUAAAAAUCUUUUAAGAUUGUACAGAUUUUGCCCAAAGUACCAGUGUUUUUCCUAGCUUACAAAGAAACUACCCAAAAUAAUUAAUCUUCAUUUUCAGACACAUUCCUUGUGUACUAUCCAUUUUUUAUUCUCUCCACUCCAUUUUUCAUUAGCUGGUUUCUUCUAGAGGUUGAUUUGUGUGUUAACUGUUUUUGUUCCUAGCCUGCAUUUUUUAGAGCAGUCUUAGUUUUGAAAAAAAUCACAAUGACAUUUGUGUUAAACUCUCAGGUAUUUGAAUGCAGCAGGAUAUCUUCAUAGGAUGAACAUGAAAUGCAAUAAUUAUUUUGGGCAUGAGAUUCAUCACAGAUACACCUCAAACAUAACUUUCAGUUAUAAUAUGUUGAAAAGUUUGGUGAUUGACUGAAUUCAAGAUGACAGUUUAGAGCCUUGAAUGUGCAGAAACAUUAGGGUUUUUUCCAGGUUUUUCUAAUAGUAGCACCUCAAUUUUGUCUUUUUCCUAGGCAGUCAGAAAGUAAUUGGGAACCCAAAAUCUGGCUUACUGGAAUUUAUUUAGCCUUAGACAAUUUCACCACAGGUGUGAAAUUACCUCUGUACAGCCCUGGUUCCAUACAACAAUGCCCUGUUUAGGGACUUUGGGAUAAACUUCAUGGAGGUGCUUAUGACAUCCAUUCAGGCCAACACAAUAAGGCUUGCCACUUGGAGUCUAAUAAUGUCUCCAAAGUAUAAUCUUUGGGCUAGUGAUACAAUAUGGGCUUCUAACCCCCAAGCCUAGUGGGAGGGGGAAUUUCCAAUAUACUGUAGAUUUUCAACUUUAAAGACCGUGUACAUUAAGGCAGUUCCACAUCUUGUCAUCUUGUCUGUUUCCUUAUAUAGAGAAAGUCAUCCACCAUAAGAAACUGUCUCGCUUAUGCGGAAGCAAUCCACAACCAAAAACCAGUGUUGGUAUUUCACAGCAAUUAUUCCUGCCUUUUUAUGUAUGACAGUUUCAUAUCAUUUAUUUUUUAAAAGAUAUUUUUAGGGAUUUUUUCAUUGUAAUAUUGUUGUACAGUUUUGCAUGGCCUAGAUGUAAUCACUUUUUGUUUGUUUGUUUUUAGAGUAUAAAAGCUGACAAGUGUGCGUAUGGGGGAAAGAUAAUGCUUUUUGCCUCUUCUCACUCUUAUUUUUGGUUUAUGCCCUCAAUGUUAUAGAGGACAUUGUAAGAGACUCUCUGCUCCAGAACAAUGAUGUAGAUUCUUUUGCACAGAAAUAUUUAAGGUGGCUAAGUCAAUGCUGUAAUAAAUGACCAGUCACCAAUAUUUUAUGUUGGUAACACUUAAUAUUAACCUACUUUGAUGUAUUGCAAUAAAACAGGGAACUAUUAGAAAUAAA